CCACAUAAAUCUGUUUCAUCAACAAGACAUCGAAACCUUUCACCAUAUUAAAAAAUCUGAGCCUUAUUACUUGCCAUAUUUCCAAAUUGUGUUUUUGAAAGGCCUAUUAACUAGAUUAUUAUUACCAGUACACUUUAAUAUAUCAUAUAACAAGUUCCAUAAUUACGUUGUGGAACGAUAUUUAAUAAAUGAAGACCUUGAAUAUUUGGACGAUGUUCAAUAUUAUGAUUUAUACGAUGAAGAACUCGCAAUAUCAUAG